CUCGCAUCCAAUCGCCAACUCGCAGUGAAUCAUUUCGUAAAUUCGUACCAUUUCGUAUAUGAAGUCACCCGGGCGGAGCCCCGGCCUAAGUCCGUUAUUUUUUUUCGUUUUGUUCGUUCAUCUGAUCUGUACUAUACAAUAUCUAUGGUAUAUGUAAAGCCUCUUUUGCCCUCCUUUUGGAUUUGAUACAGCUCUUAUAACACAAAUCACGAAUAUCUGCUUACCCAAUAACUACCUACCUGUACUGCACUGCUGAGUAAUUAUUGACGCUCAAGAGAAAGCUUAACUAGUAGUGCCCAGCCAAGUAUUGUGUUGUAUAUCUAUCUCCAACAAGCGAGCAACCAAGCAAACCAGUAUCGAUGAUGGAAUCGAAAAUGGCAUCCCGCCAUGAAACGGGCGAAGUAGCACAUUCAUCAAUAUAUCAUGCAAUCAUGACGCCCAUCAACUUCGUCUCCUUCCUCCUCUCGCUCUACCUCGUCGACUGCCACUACCACGACAAGCGCAUCCAGCAGCACUCGGAGCGGUACAGCCGGCUGCCCUCGUGGCCGCCGCUCCCCGCCUGGCUGCAGCGCAUGCUGUUCUCCUCCCGCGCGACGUACAACCCGUACGAUUGGGUUGGUGGUAGUGGUGGGAGGAAGAACGAAGUGGUGAAUAACAGGGGCAGCAACAGGGGCACGAACCCGGACCGCUGGUACUACCACACGCAGCAGGGCAAGCUCAUGCGCAUGGAGGCCGCCGAUGCGUUCGAGCUCCGCCGCGCCGUGCUGGUGGGGUUGAGUGCGGUGCUCGCCGUGCUGUGCGCCGUGGGGCUGGGGUCCGUGGUGAUGGGGGCUGUGUGGGCGCUCUGGCGUGUGAGUGUGGGGGUGAUGUGCUCGUCGGCGAGGUAGAUACCCAAGUUCGGUAUUCGUUGUUUGGUGUUUAGGGGGUUCUUGGAAAGGGGAUGGAAUUUACGGCUUCGAUUAUUUUAGCAAGGCAAGGAUGCCGGCUAGGGGGGGGUACAAUGAUUUAUGACUUGGACGCUGAUCACGAAUUUGUUUUGUUUGUCUGUUUGGGUAUCCAUAGGGAUGGAUGGAUGUCUCCAUUGUAGGACUUUGGACUUGGCGUUUCGAUGUGGAUGGCAAGGGAUGGGUAUCUGGAGGAGAAGACAUUAGGUAUAUACCUUUACCUAUUAUUUUCACUUAUGAGUGCCUACAUGCCUGGGUUACUGCAUACUGUUAUCUUCCUAGGUAGGCAUGGAACUAUAUCUCAAGUAUCUGGGACUCCCACGAUCUUCUACAUAGAGUAGUAAUUAAAAAAAAAGAAAAAAGUAUAUCUUGUAUGUAUGUCACUAGUUGAUUUCGAGUUAGUAAUCGGCAUAUCACCAGGUUUUAAUAUCCAUGGAUGCUAGCGAGAUCUCUGGAUGGAAGUUCAGCGUCGCAUGGAACGUCCUUGCAGAAACAUGGGUUCUUGGUAGAUGGAUGAUCUGGCGGCGAUCAGGAACAGGCUACGAGUUAUUCUAGAAAGAUAUCCUAGAAAGAUUUUAUUUGGGUUGAUAGAUUUGACGUCAUAACUAGUUGCUCCAUGCUAAGC